CGCAGAGGAGCCUCUCCACCAGUACGGUGCACUGCACCUACGGCUACUACAGCGGCAACACGUAUCUCUCUUGCCUAGUGUACCGUUGGCGCGCGCUCGCCUCUCGGCUAUUGUAUCACUCCAUACACGUAACACGCGCGAUAUACGUAAUACACGCAUUUUUGCUUUUUUGUUUUUUUGUUUUUUUCGGCGCGUACGAAGCCGUGCCGGCACCUCUCUCUCGCGCGCGUUUUAAUCAUCCCCCUCUUUUUUUCCUCCCGUUCAUUCAUUCCCGGCUCAUUCAGCCCCCCCCCCCUACGCUCGUGUAACCCCCUCGGGCUUCUUCCCUUGUUAUUCCCCACGGCAGAGCGGGGGACCGCUUUCGGCACCGGCGCCUCGCUCUCUCCACGCACACUUUUACGACCGACCCAACCUACUCCUCCCCCUUCGUCCUUGGCACUGCUCUCGCCUUAAUUCCCUCCACCCGUCCACCCACUCGCCUGCUACACCUCUUUUUUUUCUCUCCCUACUGGAGUGCAUUUCGGGCCGUCACCCUCUGCUUCUUUUGGCCUGCUACGACUGAAACGUCGUCACGUGUGUUCGGGGUGUUUUGUUGUUGUUGUUGGUGGUUGUCGGCAAGUGUACUGUGUGUCAACUCGUUUAAAUUAUUGUGCCCCAAGGAAGAUAAAGAAUAAGAUACGUCAUCGGUUUGAGACAAAAAAAAGUGUGAUAUAUAUAUAUAUUACGUGGUACUUUUGAAGUACGAAUUGUUGGAGGGGUUUGCCUGCCGACAGUGACUUUUGUGCACAAUAUAUUGUAUUAUGACCACCGGCGACGCCCUGCUCGCGUCGCGCAGCCGAGGUGCAACAGUGUCGUCGCUUUGCUGAAAACACGAGGGAACGCUUAUUCUGGUUAUAUACAUAUAUAUAUCCAAGGGAUCCGUGGUCCGUCAAAAUUGCCAAAAUUGAAGAUUUAUACUCGGAGGGCACGAUGAGCGCUGACGGCAUCGUCGGGGCUAUCGCCAUCAGUCUCUUUGGCAGCGAGAAGAAACGAAGAGACAGCUCGGACUCUAGCUACUCGUUGCUGAACGGUGAACUCGACGCGGCCAGAAUGUUCGAUCAGUACAGCUACAAGAGAAGCGAGAACCUCGACUUGUCCCUGAACGUGCCGCAACACCAUCAGUCGUCGUACCACCAUCACCACCAUCACGACGGCUACGGCAACAUGGCUGAACAGACGUUUCACACGCCCAGUUUCGGGGACGAGGACUUUGACAUACCCGCGAUGCAUCCGCACCAGCAACAACAGCACCAACAGAGCCAGCAGCAGCAUCACCAGCAACAACAGCAGGCGCCGCCACCUCAGCAGCAGCACGAUCCCAUGCAUCACGGAUACCAGUCACAGGUACAUAUACGUAUGAUGUCGGGCCCCGGUAUGCAGCAGUCACCUGAUGGCCUGAGCCUCGAUCCCGGCGGUUACCAGCAGCCCCUCUAUCUCCAGCAGGAACAUCCCAUGCAGUCGAUCAAUGUCAGUUCGGCAUACAGUAGUCCUCAGAGCUCCUACACAACGAUGACUUCACCGAACCAGCAGCACAACAGCCAGCAGCAGCAAAUGCUCCUUAUGCAGCAGCAGCAGCAGCAGCAACAACAGACCCAACACAUGCAGCACAUGCAGUACCUGCACUCGCAACAGCAGCAGCAACAACAACAGCAACACCUGCAACAGCAGCAGCAACAGCAGCUGCAGUACAGAAGCCCAGCUGGAGGCAGCCCGCCGGCGAUGCAGCAGACUGUCCUCCCGGAAAACACGACGACUAGCGAGGACAGCGACGAUAGCACGCCUCACUCGGCCAUGAUAACGGGUAUCAAGAGACCCUCUCCAGAGCCGGCAGACACGAUGAGCAAGGCGCAAAAGAAACCAAAGGCCCAGAAAAAGAAAAAGAAGCGGGAUCCCAACGAGCCGCAAAAGCCAGUAUCGGCGUACGCCCUCUUCUUCAGGGAUACCCAAGCAGCCAUCAAAAGUCAAAACUCGAACGCCAGCUUCGGCGAAGUUUCGAAGAUCGUCGCCUCGAUGUGGGACGCCCUCGAUACGGAGCACAAGGACGUGUACAAGAAGAAGACCGAGGCCGCGAAGAAAGAGUACUUGAAGGCGUUGGCUGCCUACCGAGCCAGCCUCGUUCAAAAAGGCCACGACGAGCAGGUGCAGCAUCAUCAGCAGCAACAGGUCCACCAGCAGCAACAGGCUGCGGCCGCGGCCGCGGCGCAUCAACAGCAGCAGCAACAACAAGCCGUUGCGGCUCAGCAGCAAGCGGCAGCUGCUGCAGCUCAACACCAACACCAACAGCAGCAACAACAACAGCAACAACAACAACAACAGCAACAACAAGCGGCUGCUGCUGCGGCGGCGGCUGCCCAGCAACAGGUGCAGUACGGUGGCUACGGCACGCCCUACGGGGCGCCUACGACGAACCCCGUCGUCUCGGCGUACCACCCGAACGCCCAGCAGGUCUACAGCCCUCAGCCACCCUCGCCUCAGCAGCAACAGCAGCAAAUGGUCGCCAAGAGGUCGCCGCAUCUAUCGCCCAGCUCGCACAUGCAGCCGAACCAGCAUCAGCAGAGUCUGAUGGGCAACCCCAUGGCACCACCUCCUCACAUGACGCAGCAACACAUGCAGCCGCAAGUUUCACAGCAACAGUACAUGCAGCAGGUACCGCAGCAGCAGGUGCCAGUCCAGCAGCAACAGCAGCAGCAGAUAAUGCACAUGAGUCCACCGCGAGGCAACGACUCGCUCUCGAGUCCACCUCCCGUUACCAAUUCGCAGGCAGCCGCUGUAGCCGCGGCGACGAUGGCCCAACAACAGCAGCAGCAGCAGCAGCAGCAGUCGGCUAAUAUUUGCAUUCGCCACGGAUGCCCCAAUCCCGCCAUCUCCAAUACCGAGUGGGAGGACGAGUACUGCAGCAACGAGUGCGUCGUUAGCCAUUGCAGGGAUGUUUUUCAUAAUUGGGUACCGACAAAUCAGAAUCCACAGCAAAACUUCUCAACAGUCAAGUAAAGACGUUAAGACGGCUAGCGAGGGAAAAUGUAUACCGAAACACUGAAGAUUGUAAUGAAAGAUGAUGAUUUAUUAUGCACGAAUAAUGAAGGAAAAAAAUCCACAUGAAUCGGGCUUUCGACGAUUAAUGCGACAUGGUGAAUAAUAAAAAUAAUAAUAAUUAUAAUAAAAAUAAUUAUAAUGAUAAUAGAAAGAAAAAUAAUAAUGAUAAGAUAGAUGCCGUCGUCGACUGAGAUACAUGAGACAAAUUAAGAUUUAUUUGGUAUGUACAUAGAGAAAGAGGAAAGAAGUUGUAGAAGAGGGGUUUGAUUUUUUUUUCCUUUUUACUGGGAACGCAAUUAAAACUCGUACCCUGGACUGAAAUGCAUCGUUGAGCAAUGGAAGCGCGUUAUAUGAAAAAAAGUUAAUAACUUUGUCAGCUUUUCUCGAAACAAGUACAAACAGUACGAGAAAAGUGUUUUAGUUUUCAAUGUUUUCUUUUUGUUAACGUGAAAGUAAAAGAAGGGAGAAGGACAGUUACGAGAUAAGAUGUGAAACGACACGGACGAGAGAGAUAGAGAAUACGCAUUAUUAACUUUAGUCAAAACGACAAUUUCUCAUUUAUAUCGAUUUGAUACGAAAGGUGCGAACGAGGUGUCGUUAUAGUUUUUAAUCCGUAGAUUAAAUGUAAAAUGAGAACAUGUAGUAAACAGGAGAUGCAAAAAGAGUUGAGAUCCGAAAAAUAGAGAGAAAGAAAAGGAAAGAAAGAGAGAGAGAGAGAGAGUGGCUUGAACAGUUUUGUUAUUUUGUUGAACAAAACUUAAAGCGAGAAGCGUUGAAAAUUCUAUGUAAAUAGGCAAAGUGGGCCGCACAUGGGCCGGAAGCUCAGUAACUCUUUUGAAAGUGAUGGAUAAGAUUAAAAAAACGAGUGAACCUUUAGCGACACACAAUUUGUUUGUAUCGUGCGUUCUCAAGCGAAGUAGUUAGGAAUGCGAAUCUAACAAAGAUAAAAAAUAAUAAGAAAUAAAAAAAAAUAUUACGAAUAGUCUCGGUGUGGACGCAGGCAUCCGUCUAUAUGAUCGAAAAAUAUAUAGUUAUAAACAAAGAGAUUGAGCAGUAUAAAUUUUGUUCGAUUUAAUGUUGAUCACAAAAUUUUGAAGAAAUAUGUUUGUUCGGGAUUUUGGAUCUAUUUAUUUAUUUAUUGACAUCGAGUGAAUACUUUUCUUUCACGAAAUAUAUUUAAAUUUUUCUCUUAUUUGGAUCAUUAAUAAAUUAAUAGAAGAAAUAAACAAAAAAAACGAAUACAUUGUAUAACGAUGAAAAAAAAAAUUAAAUUAAACAAAAGGACACAAAUUAACGAUAGAUGUUAAACUUGAGGUCGAUCAAUGGAUAAACAUGUUCCUGACUGCUCUCGCCGCUCCCAACAGUGGCUCUUACAGGGGGGCUAAUAUAUAUAAACUUAUAUAGACACGUAUAUAUAUAUAUAUAUUUGUGUGAAGAUGAAGGUAAAAUAAAAAGUCGUGUAAAAUAAUUAAUAUUCCAGGCAAACAAGCGCCAACUCAGAUUCCCUAUCCUUGCGACCGCGUAUUUUCUUCGUAAGGUUGUGUUGUUAGAUCAUCACUAUCUCUCUCUUUUGGAAAGUGAUUAUUUUUCUGUAAAGGUAUUACAUAGUGUGCGUUUCCACAAGCUGCGCGCAUGUGAUGAGUUAUCUUAUGAAUGCUUGAAGUGCCGAAUAAACGACUUCUUUUUUUUUUUGUAUUACUAUUAUUUUUAAUUAUCCAUAUUAUUUUAAUGAAUUUUUUAAAUUGUAAUGUUCAAUCGACCUGAUAAUUUCGUUGCCAGUUCCUGAGUGCCAAUGACUGUUCAUUUUUGUUCACGUUUAUGGAUUUAAUUUAGUGAUGGCUCCAACAUUUCCAAGACAUUGAUAUAUUUAUAAAUUUUGGCACAUGAAUAUUUUUAAAUAUCAUUUUUGUUUCAAAUUUAAUAUAAAAAUAUUGUUUUACCUAUAUUUUACUGUAAUGAUCGUUAUGUCAAUCAACGUAACAGGUCGAAAGAGAUAAAUAAAAAUAUUGGCGUUUUUAUUUUUAGUAUUUUUACUAGUUUACUGUGCGUAUUUUUUUGUUAUUAUACCAAGAGAUGAGUGAAACAGUGUUUUUUUUUUAAAUUGUAAUACGACACUCGCGCGUACGUAACGCUGAUUCUCUUGUCUUUUAAAUUAUUAAGUUUCUUAAUGAAAAUAAAAUUUUUACAUUUUUGCCCCUCUACUUUUUUUGUAUAUACAUAAAAAAAAUAUUUUAUAGACCUAAGAAACAGAAUAUAGUCGAUAACUAUUACUGUAUAAUACUAUUAUUAUAUAAAAAAAUGGAGUUCAGCAAAUUUGCUUGAGCACAAUCAAAUUAAAAAAUGGUAUUAUUUGAAUCCUCUUAUAAAAACCUUGUUCUCUUGUUAUGGUAAAAUAAUUUUUCUAUGAUCUAGCAAGCAAAUUUCGCAGAGCUCUCAUGAAGUGUCCAAUCGAACAUCGCGACUGGCAAGUAUAUAUUAUUGAUUAUUGGAUACAGACUUGACGGAAAACGUUAAAUAUAAGUGGAAAAAAAAAUUUAAGACUCCGAAAAGAAACAAAAUCCCGUUUUUGAUGACAAUUAUCUAUUAUAAAUGCUGCAGAUGUUUCAACGCUGAAAAAACGGUUUAUACCGAGUUUUAAGGAGAGAACGACGACAGAGCAAGGGAAAGAUGAAAAAUAAAAUUGUUCACAUGACCUUGCAAGGCUCCUUUGUUUUUUUCGUAUAAUGUACGCGCGCGUGUCUUUGGAUAUUAUAUGCAUGACGUUGGAUGCAAAAACUCCGACGAAAAAGCGAUGAUAAUGCAGAGGAAAAGCCGAUUAGCGCGACAACAAUUAUACGUGCAUUCUUUAAGGAUAUACACAUACGAUAGAGGAUGUAAAAACAAAAAAAAAAAGAAACAAACAAACAAGUAAAUCUAGCAAGUAUCAAACAUAUAUUAGUAGCACUAUCACUACACAUCCAAAAGCUAAAUAUAUGAUGGUGAUUUGCAAUGAUUUGAGUUCGUUUUUAUUGUUUUCUGUACAAAGACUUCAAAAAUAUAAUUAAACGAUUUCAGUCUCAA